AUGGGUGUUCAUAAUUUGUCAACUACGGAGGAAUUCAAGUCUGUUCUUAACAAUAACAAAAUCGUCGUUCUCGAUGCCUUUGCUGUUUGGUGUGGUCCUUGUAAGGCUAUCGCUCCUCAAGUUGUUAAGUUCUCAGAAGAAUACCCCGCCGCUCAUUUCGUCAAAAUCGACGUGGAUGAAAUGCCAGAUGUAGCACAAGAGUUGGGUAUUAGAGCCAUGCCUACCUUUUUGAUCUUCAAGGGAGAGGAGAAGAUCGCUGAGGUGGUGGGUGCUAAUCCGCGUGCGUUGGAGGAGGCUAUUAAAAAGGCGGUUGAGGGGAUUGAGGCUGCCUAA